AUGGUUCAGUUACCCAUAAAAGAAAAUGCCGAAUUAUUAUUAGGAAAUUCCAAAGAAAAUGCAAUCAAGCGCCUAAAUGGAAUCUGGGAUAAAUUAAACAAAAAUAAUACUAUGGAAACCUUUAUUAAGGAAUUUAUGCGAGAAUAUGAGAGUUUAGAACACAUGGAGGUGAUUAAAAUUGAAGCUGAGAGCAAUGUGAACUAUUACAUUCCCCACCAUGCGAUAUAUAAACCUGAGAAAAAGUCAACUCCCUUAAGAGAGGUUUUUGAUGCUAGUGCAAAAACAACAAGUGGAUAUUCUCUGAAUUCCAUUUUACUAAAUGGAGGUAUUAUUCAGCAAGAUCUUUUUUCCAUAGUAAGUAGAUUCAGAAAUCACAGAUAUGCAUUUAGUGCAGAUAUUAAAAAAAUGUGCAGACAAAUACUUAUUGAUCCCACUCAAAGAGACUUACAGCGUAUUGUCUGGAAAGCAAGUGCUGAUGCUCCAGUGAAGAUUUACAAACUAUCUACAGUAACCUAUGGAACAGUUUCUGCACCAUUUUUGGCUACCAGGACCUUAAGAGCUAUAGCAGAUAAGGAAAAAAAGGACUUUCCUAAGGCUGCAUAUGUAAUUUGUUCUGAUUUCUACAUGGAUGACAUUCUGUCAGGUGAUGCAACGCUAGAAGAUACUAAAAAUCUUCAAACCCAAAUUUCUGAACUCCUCUGA